AUGAACCUAACUGCGCUCAAAGCUUUCGUGGGCUUGCUCUGGAAUUGCUGGGUUCUGGUGGGUCACGCACAGGGAGGUUUAGGAGACAAUCAUGUCCAUUCGAGUUUUAUUUACAGGAGGCUGCGGAACCAUGAGAGAAGGGAGAUUCAGAGAGAGAUUCUCUCUAUCCUGGGUUUACCUCACAGACCCAGACCAUUUUCACCAGGAAAGCAGGCUUCUUCUGCACCCCUCUUCAUGCUGGACCUGUAUAAUGCCAUGACAAAUGAAGAGGAUUCUGAGGAGCUGGAGUAUUCACUGAAGGGAUCAAUGGCAGGGGAGAGCAGAGGGAUACGGAAAGGAUACCCUGCCUCUCCAAAUGGAUAUUCGCGGAGAAUGCAAUUAUCUCGCAUGACCCCCCUGACCACACAGAAUCCUCCCUUAGCCAGCCUGCACGACACCAACUUUCUGAAUGAUGCUGACAUGGUCAUGAGCUUUGUCAAUUUAGUUGAAAGGGACAAGGACUUCUCCCACCACCGAAGGCACUACAAGGAAUUCCGCUUUGACCUGACUCAGAUCCCGCACGGAGAGGCAGUGACAGCCGCCGAGUUCCGGAUAUACAAAGAUCGGAGCAACAGCCGAUUUGAGAAUGAAACCAUUCAGAUCAGCAUAUAUCAGAUCAUCAAGGAGUAUCCCAACAGGGAUGCAGACUUGUUCCUGUUAGACACAAGGAAGGCUCAAGCUUCCGAUGUGGGCUGGUUUGUCUUCGACAUCACUGUGACCAGCAAUCACUGGGUGAUUAAUCCACAGAACAACCUGGGCUUGCAGCUCUGCGCUGAAACUGGGGACGGUCGAAGUAUCAAUGUUAAAUCUGCUGGCCUGGUUGGAAGGCAUGGGCCUCAGUCAAAGCAACCAUUCAUGGUUGCAUUCUUCAAGGCAAGUGAAGUGCUUUUCCGUUCUGUCCGAGCAGCCAACAACAAGAGGAAAAAUCAGAACCGCAACAAAUCCAGUAGUCAACAGGAGUCCUCUAGGAUGCCAGGCGCUGGGGAUUAUAACACAAGCGAGCAAAAGCAAGCAUGUAAGAAACACGAACUUUAUGUGAGUUUCCGAGACUUAGGAUGGCAGGAUUGGAUUAUUGCACCGGAGGGCUACGCUGCGUUUUACUGUGAUGGAGAGUGUUCUUUUCCCCUCAAUGCCCACAUGAAUGCAACAAACCAUGCCAUUGUUCAGACUCUGGUUCACUUGAUGUUCCCCGAUCACGUACCCAAGCCAUGCUGUGCACCAACAAAACUGAACGCAAUCUCCGUGCUCUACUUUGAUGACAGUUCCAAUGUUAUUUUAAAAAAAUACAGGAAUAUGGUGGUGCGUUCAUGUGGCUGCCACUAA